AUGGACUAUCCUACCGAGGCUCGUAUAACGAAUGCAUAUCGUGAGAUAUUUGGUCCUGAAUGGACUAUUCAAAAGCUCGCACACUCGGCAAUACAAGGGCACUUGCUACAGAAAGCGGUACAUGACACUCCAAAUGCAGAGGUGGCGGGGCGCAGUAUUGUCUGGAAGUUGAUGCUUGCAGCAGAUUCUCCUCUAGAUGCCUCCACUGGACUACGAGAACUCAAACGUCUCCGCAGCGAAUAUGUUCGCCUACUCAAGGAUAGCAUGCGUGCACCCGAUGGUACUUUCCCGGAAUCCCUGAUUGUCCCCGGAGAACCCGAGCCACCUCGUCGAACGACCGUAAAUCUUGACCUUGCGCACAAUAACCCGCUGAGCUUGGACGAAUCAAACCCAUGGACAGAAUACUUUGCGUCUCUCGAACUACGCAAGACUAUUCAAAAGGAUGUGGAGCGGACCUUUCCUGAUGUGGAAUAUUUCCGGUCUGCACGCGCCCAGCGAAUGUUGGCCGAUAUCCUAUUUGUGUAUUCUAGAGCACAUGAGGGCAUUUCAUACCGUCAAGGGAUGCACGAACUACUGGCUCCGGUGCUUUGGGCAUUAGAUUACGAUUCACUUGAUGGAAAGGGUCACGCUCAAGAUGCAGAAAUGUUCGACUUCCUGUCGAGGGAUUACGUGCCUGCCGAUGCUUGGGCUAUUUUCUCCAGAAUCAUGGAGGGCGUUGGUUCGUGGUAUGAAUGGCGAGAGCCGAAGCCAACAGUUACCGGAGGACCUCCCUCGACUCCAUGGGUCGCACCCAUUAACGAAACAUGCUCCAAGAUCGGCGGCGAGUACCUUGCAGCAUGUGAUCCUGCACUUUCCGCUCGAAUGAAUGAGCUUGAGGUUGAUCCAAUGAUGUAUGGAAUUCGCUGGCUUCGCCUUCUUUUCACACGCGAGUUUCCCUGGCGAGAUGCUCUCGUGCUAUGGGAUGCGUUGUUCGCAGCUGAUCCGUCGCUUCAAGUUGUCCCGUGGGUGGGUGUAGCCAUGCUUAUACGAAUUCGGAACCUCUUAAUUCCUGGAGAAUAUACCACCGCCCUCACAUAUCUUCUUAGAUAUCCCCCUCCCCCGUCAUCUCAGCCAUCUUCACCAUCAGACAUAGAUACACCCUCUCGUUCACUCGAAACACACAUACUUGUUCAGCAAGCGCUUAUGCUGCGUGCAAAUCCAUCCCCUUCAACAGGAGCGACGAUUGUCCUUCAAAAUAGAAGUAUCCUGGAUAUUCCAAUCGAAGCACCUUCCCCUCCACCUCCGCGACAGCGUCGGGGUGGUAGAAGGCGAAGCGUGGGAUCCGGGACAGACUCGAAAGAUGGCACAGAAACCAAACUGUCUCCCAAAUCACGACCCGCUGGGAUUAGUAGGCAUAUUCCAGAGGGGAGUCUCGCCGGAUUUGCAGCGUUUAACUCGCUUGGUGAACGAGCGGACGUGAUUGCCAAGGGAAUUUGGGAUAUUCGUGGGCAAGUUGGCAAUCGGGUUUCUGAAAUAAGGAAAAACCUCCCCGACUUGGUCAGGACACCGAGUAUGUCGGGUGAUACACACGUAUUUCCGUACUACCAAGCGAUUCAAAACUCUCAGCCUGAUCCUGACGAAGGGUCGGCCCGACCAUCCAUCGCUGACGCAGUGCGACGCUCUAUGGAAGGCUUGGUGCGACCCCCGGCCGAGAGACAACCAUCAAAUGAUGGCCGUUUGGCUGUAUCCGCGGGUGGACGCCCACCAAGGACACGAUUUGAAGUGGAGCGUGAAGUAGGAGAGGCGCGAGCCUUGAUGCGGAGGCUUGCAGAUGGUGUGCAUGCCACAAUCAAACUGUUAGAGGACGGGGGCAACGAGGGCAAACAAGAGGCGCUCGAAAAUCUGGCAUACAUUCAACGAGUUCUAAGUGGCGCUAUAGGCCCAGCGUCCGUAGACGAUGAGAACAUACUGGGGCCGACAGAAAUCACGCGAAGAAGAGAAGAGCAAAUGCAAGCUGAUCGGGAUAAGGAGGAACUGGAAAAGCAGCACGCAGAAGUUGAAGCCGAGGCGGAGCGCGUGCGGGAAGAGCAAGAGAGAGAAAAAGAGAAGGAGAGGAUGCGCAAGCUUGAAGAACAACGGGCGCUUGACCCUCUUCAGGCUUCUCCCUCAGUAAAGCCUGCCCCUCUCGUCCAAACUUCGCCACCUCGCAUCAGAACGACGCAAACGCCGUGGGGAAGGAGCGAGCACUUUCCUAGUCUUCAGAGUGGGUUAUCUUCCGCUGGAAACCCGUCACUUUCAAAGGAUAGUAAUGGGUUAAAACACGAUGGGAGUAAAAAUGAUCCACUGGGAGCUGGUUUACUGGGAUAA